UCCACCCUCUCUGAACCGUCUUUCUGAUACUCCUCCCAUCAAACUCUCCGCUCUCUGCACAUCAAAAACUAUAAAUACCCCGCAUUACUUUCUUUUCCUUCAAAUACCCGCCGGCAUGGUCAAGCUCGCCCCCAGCCGCAAGAAAGGCGCAGCAGCAGCAGGCGGAGCGAAGAUACAUCCCACCUCUGCUCGCACAGAUGCCGUAGGAUUGGGGGGAACAAUUCUAUCAUGUUGUCAAGCCUUCAUAUCCGGGUUACUUUCACUAUGCAGCUCCCCAAUCAGAUCCUCGACAGGGGGGCGGUCCGUCGGCAUGGACAACCUGGAGUCCGAUCAGAUGGACGACAAUGAUACGUUGAGAUUGAUACCAUCACUCAACACGUUGUAUGAGGAGCACGAAUCUUACAAGAGAAUUGGAACAACUGGAUACACCUCACACUACCUCAGGUUCGACACAGCAAGUCGCGGCAAACGUCCGCCCAGAAGGCCACGAGGUUCCAAAAGGUCUCGUCCUGUCAGUCCAAUGUCGACAAUACGAGAGGUUGAUACACCUUCUUCAAGUGUCAAUUUUCCACCUAGUCUUACGGGCCCGGAAAUCCGCAGACGACAGCAAGCUCCACCCCCACCAUGUGUGUCUUGCGGUCUCCGCCAGUCUGAAUGUGCGAAAACUAUUAACUUCUCUAAAGACAACCCAAGCAAGUCAUUCAACAUAUCGAUAUUUAUUGACGAGUUGGACCGCGUGAGACUGGCCGAUUACGUUUGGGAGAACACCAAAAGGACAUCAGAUCUCUCUCGUGAGCGUGAGCAUUACGUUAUGAUGUAUCUCAAACAUCGCCAGGAAAAUACGGAUAAAAGAGUUGACCUGCACGUGGGAUUUGAUGAAGACGAUGUGCUCAGGAGGAAGAUGGUCGUGGCUUAUCUGUGUGACACCAAGAUUGCACAGAUCAUGGCUUAUCUUGGGCCUCACGCUGCCAAAGUGAGAUUAGGAGAAGUGGUGUCGGGAUAUCUUUACGAGUUCGGGGGUCCAACCGUGUUCGGCAUCGGAAUCGUAUCAUCAUAG